GGUUGUAGGUAUUAUACAACCGCUCAGCAUGGUAUGUAUUAGCACAUUAGACUCGGCUUUGUCUCAGGAAGCGCAUAGGUCAUUCUUACGCUAUGUACACAUAUAUGUAUAUGUAUCCAAAUUUAUUUAUAUCGAUACUGUAAUAUUAGAAUAAUACUUGACAUAAUGCUGGAUAUUCAUGUUUUAUCAUAUUGAUUUUUAACGAACAAUGUAAAUGUUAGAAAAAAAAUCUGUUUCAUAUGUUUAAAGAUCUCAGAAAUUUAAAGAUAAAUAUAAAUAAAUAUAUAUUAGAAACAAUAUGAGAUACUUUUAUGUAUUAUAUAUCAUGAAUAUAUUUAUGUUAAUAUUUAUUUUAAAAAACAAAACGCGACAACGGAGAUAAAAAUUGCGCAAGGUGUCCUCUACAACUCUGUUUUAUUUCAGAGAAAUUACUUUGGUGGGGUUUACUUCUUGAUUUAAAUUUGCAGAUGCCGUGGCCAACUGUGUACAUCAAUCUAAAACAAUAUCAUCUUCCUUCUCUAAUGAUUGUAUUGUAUGUGUAUAGAUACGAUGGACGAGGGGCACUGGCUGACUUAUGGAUUCACGAACCACCGCCAGGUGGUUUUGAUCAGCGGACGAUACUUACCGAGGAAGAAUUGAAAGUAGAGCAACUCUGUGACGAGGAGCGCUAUCGAUCCCUCUACAACAAUGACGUGGAAGAAUCCAUGUAUCAUGAAGAGGAAAUAAAAAGAUUACAUCAAGCAUUGGAUUCUGAAUCUUCAUACAAUCAAGUAGGAUAUAAUUAUAAUGAAGAUGAAAACAAUGAAAAGGCUUCCGGCGAGGACUCUCAGAGUCCAAAACAAUCAGAGGGCUCGCAAGAGGAAGAUCAGGCGUUUGUGCCUCCUCCCGAGCUGGAAAUUCCUGAAGGAAUGAUUCUGCCGGAAACACAGAAAUUGAGUGCCAUUAUAACGAAAACGGCGCUGUUUAUAAGUCAACACGGAAGCCAAUUGGAAAUCUUGAUAAAAACGAAACAGGCAAAUAAUCCGCAGUUUGCGUUCCUAUCGAUAGACGAGCCGCUUCAUCAAUAUUACAAGUUUCUUCUCGAUGCAAUCAAGAAUGGAAAAUAUAAUCCCGAAAAGCAACCUGAGAAAGAAGAAACCGAAUCUGAGGAAGAGUCAGACCAAGAUGACGAAUCAUACCUGCAUCCAAGUCUUGCGCCAUCAUUUACCAAGAUUGAAGCGGCGCCUAGCAUACCGAGCAUACAAUAUAAACCAUCAGCGGAUUGCGCGUACUCCAUGCUCGUGAAUAAGAUUACGGGAAAACCACCGCCGUCCAAGGUACCGCAGGUAUUAGACCCGACAAUGCAGCCGAUGCCGUCCACUGGAUACUAUCAUCCAAUGCCACUACAGAGUUAUCCUCCUUAUCCUACGCCCAUGCAAUACUCGCACGGUCCAGUUAUAUAUGGGCCAAACGGACAGAUGCAAUCGCCUUCGCAACUCGUCAGCAUGCCAACCAUGUCAAACGACACGACUAUGACGCAAACCAUAUCGCCUAAGGAAACACCAUCGCCCUUGGUACCUUACGGGAUACCUACGCAAAAGCCACUUAGCAGACCUUCCUUUAUUGUACCACCGGCGGACGUCCAAAUCAUCAUUGAUAAGAUGGCAAGUUAUGUCGCGAAAAACGGUCGUGAUUUUGAGACGAUCGUUAAGAACAAGGGAGAUCCAAGAUUUAACUUCUUGGAAUUGUCGCAUCAGUAUCAUGGUUACUAUGCGCACAAGCUGACAAUAUAUGAGGGUGCGAUAAAUCCGAAGGUGUUGACAGAGGAGAAGCUGCUGCAGAAGCAAGAACCGCAGGAGGAAAAACAAAAAAAGCUAGAAGAACUGCAGAAGAAGCAGCAGCGAAUGGAGGAAGUGCAGAAAAGGGUGAAAAUGAUACAGGCGAAGAAGAAGAAUGGUAAUGACACAAAGACGAAGCAGAGUACGGGAUCCGCAAAACAGAUCACUACCGUAUCGUUCUCCAUCAAAAAGCCGAAAGACGGGGAGAGCACGGUGAUCGAGAAGAGAAACGCGUUACCGUUGGAGGAGAGCGACGAAGAGAUGGACGAUGACAAAAAGGACGCGAAUUCUAAACCCGGUUCACCUCAGAAUAGCAUUUCCGACGCGAAUUCUUCGAUUCCCGUGAUCGAAGACAAGGAUCCGCCGAAAUCGGACAAGAAACCGAAGAGCGACGACAAAGAAUUGGUUGAUCUGACCGAUGAUAUCCUUGAGGAUUGUCAGAAGGAGAUCAGGCACAAACAGGCGCAAGAAGACAGACUCAAGGACAAGUUGAUGGCGGUCGCACGAGAUAAGAUACUGUCUAAGGAACGGCAAUUGCAACUUGAGAGAAAAAAGAAAGCCGCUAUCUUUCUCAGUCAUAUCCAGGCACCGAUAUCCAAGACCGGUUCUACCACUAUCACGGUGAAUCAAAACUCCCGAAAAGAUGACUCAGAUGAGGUGCACUCUGUGCCAUCGCCGCUUCUUGCUGAAGAAAAUAAAGAUAGAUCCUCGCAAGAUACAAAAACAUGCGGAAAUUCCUUGAUGGAUCGAUUGAAGAGCGCAGACUUGAGCGGCAAGAGGUCGCGACAACGUUCCAGAAGUCGAAGCGGAAGUCGCACAGACAGGCACAAGUUGCAUAAAAAACACAAGAAAAAGAAAAGUUCUCAUCGAAGCAGUUACGAUAGCUCCAGUUCCUCACGCUCACAUCGAUCUAAGAAAAACAAGAAAUCAUCCUUGCAUAGAUCGCGCUCGCGUAGUCCCUCGCAUAGACACCGACACAAUCCACGACGGAGAGGGAGUAAUACGAGCUACUCGGACUCGAGCUCGCCUUGAUGACAUUUUUCUUCGUUUGAUUCAAAUAAAUUUGUAUCAAGCAAUGUUGUAUAUACGUACACAAAAUGAAUAUACAUAAUAUAUAUUAUAAUUGCGUGUAUAUUGUGUGACGACAAAUUUGAUACAGUUUUUGUCACAAAGUAACACAAGAAAAUUUACUUGCUCCUUGAUUGCCAUUCAUCGUGUUUGUUACAGAUUACAUCUCUUACGCCAUUUAUACAUAUGUACAUCUUUCCAUCGGUUAUAUCUUUUGUGGUGUACCCUUCCAAUGAUAAUAUCAUUUUUCGAUAUUAUACGAACGAUUUUAAGAGUUAAUGCAUUUAUCUUAAAUCAACUUUUUAUCUAUUUUCCAUCUCCAAAUUUCUCCAAAUUUUUUAUUUGCUUAAUAUGUACAGAGGUUGUUUAUUUUAUUUAUUUUCCAAAAUCAAUGAUUUUAACAUUUAACGCUUUGCAUGAUUGAUAUCAUGAGUAAACUAAUCUAUUAGAAUAAGAAGAGAGAUUGUGAUAAAAAGAUAUAAUAAAAUAAAAAUUAUGUAUAUUCAAAA